AUGGCCACGCACGGAAGCUUUCAGCCUGAUCGCCCUCCACCCGCUAUCCCAGAAGACCGCCCGACUCCUCCAGAUGAACGACCUUCGGACGACAGCUCGACGAUCCACAAUCGAGCAGCAGCUGGCCCUCUCGGCAACCCUCAACUCGGCUCAACUCGAGCUCGCCGCGAUAGGAAGCCCAGUAACGCAGGCUCAGCCGCCAUGGGCGAAGUCGGUCCUCCCCGUCUAGACUUCGACUGGGAGCGCGACGAACCACCACCGCCAUCCGCCGGCCCUCCCCAGCGCAACCCGUCCCGACAAGGCCAAGUGAUGCGAUGGGGUCCACCACCAACCCCAAGCAGCGACUACGGCGGCGGAUGGGACGACGAGCGAAGAUACUGGCCCCGUCCACCCUACGACUACGGAAAGCCCGUGGCACCACCCGGUCCCUACCGCGACGACUGGUACGGCGACGACCCGUACUACAACCGUCCGUACCGUCGUCCCUCCACGAUAAGAGAGUCUGCGGAGUGGGGCGGGUCAUACCGAAGGGGAGGACCAGGAGGGCCACCGCGUCCGCCGAGGAGGCCCAGGUAUCAUCCUCAUUGGGAGGAUCCUUCUGAGGAUGGCGAGAGCGAUGAGCAGCCUCUGAGGAGGGUCAAGAGGAAGAGGACUAUGAGGAGUAAUCCUAGUAGUCGGAGUCCGCCGCCUGAGGUGAUUAUGCGCUUGCCGUUUACGGAGUGGAUGAAUCGGUCUGCUAAGGCUCAUUUUGUUGCGACGAUGGGAGAGUUUAUGGGGACCACGAUGUUUCUGUUCUUUGCUUUCGCUGGCACUCAAGUCGCCAAUAUCGGAGCCGGUGACAGCAGUAAUCAGUCCACGACCAACGCAUCCACCGGCUUCAGUCCCAUCGUCCUGCUGUAUGUUGCCUUGUCCUUUGGCUUCAGCUUGAUGGUCAACGUGUGGAUAUUCUUCCGCAUCUCUGGAGGACUUUUCAAUCCCGCCGUGACAGUCGCGAUGGUCAUGGUCAAGGGCGUCAGCGUCGUCAGAGGAGUCCUUCUCAUCGGCGCUCAACUCGUAGGCGCCAUCUUCAGCUCCUUCAUCGUAUCUGUGCUGUUCCCAACCACGUUCAACGUGCGAACGACUUUAUCCCCUGAUACUUCCGUGGCUCGUGGCGUAUUCAUCGAAGCGCUCCUCACAGCCGAGUUGGUCUUCACCAUCUACAUGCUCGCCAACGAGAAGCACAAAGCAACCUUCAUGGCACCCGUCGGUAUUGGCAUGGCGCUCUUCAUUGCCGAAAUGGUUGGAGUGUACUACACUGGUGGUAGCCUCAAUCCUGCCAGAUCCUUUGGUCCCUGUGUGAUCUCCGGGGUGUGGGAUCCCGAACAUUGGAUCUAUUGGGUCGGUCCCGUUGGCGGUGCAGUCCUUGCCUGGGCUUUCUACAAGUUCAUCAAGAUGCUGGAGUACGAGAUGGCGAAUCCAGGCCAGGAGUCGAGUAGCCAAGAAGAGGCGGAUCAGGAGGCGGCGGAACUGACGCCGCAGAAGAAAGAGACGGUGUAG